UUACCUUUGCUCCGCGCGUUCCUCUCGCCGUGUUCCCGCGCCGUUCCGGUCUUCAGGGCGGACUGUGAGAGGAGAGGAGUUAGUCACGCUGCCCCGCCUACAUCCUGACAGCCAAUGUUUGUCUGCCGGGCCAAGAGCUGCAUUAAAAGAGCCGCGGCUUGCCGACCACUGAGCUACGGCAACCCUAUUGCCUGUCACCUGGUGGGCAGUGUGCUCCGGAGCCGCAGCAAAGGUGAAAAAGAGCCGCAUGCGGCUCUGGAGCCGCGGGUUGCCGACACCCGAGCUAGUUCUACAAUGGAAUAUUUCAGU